GCCGCCGUCCUGUAGCCGUCGGCGUGUCCUCGCAUAUAACGAUUACAGCUCUAAUCUUUAAAAAACAAUGUCGGCUGUACUUUUCCUGAGAAAGUCGUUGAGUCGACUGCCGCCGCGGGUCGCUCGGCUGGUGGUCGCCGGCUGUUACCACACCGAGAAAGGUGUCUUCGGAUACCGACCCAAACAGACAGGGAGACCCCGCAAGCCACAGAGCGACUGCAUCGCGGCGCUGAAUGAAGAUCAUGCUCUUGCCCGUCUGGUGGAGGCGUACAGAGCACAUGGGCACAAGGCGGCCAAGAUUAACCCCUUACUGCCCCUCAAGCCUGUUGCUGACAGCGUCCCGGAGAUAGACCUGCUGACUGCCACCAUCACUGGACCGCUCAACACCUCAGGUCUAACACACUUUGGCAAAGCGGAGGCUUCGGUGGAAGAGGUCCAGGCCUACCUGGAGGGAGCCUACUGUGGCCACCUGUCAGUGGAGACCACCCAGCUGAGCAGCCUGGAGGAGAGGCAGUGGGUCGCUGACCGCUUUGAGGAGCUCAAGAAGAAGAGUUUCUCCCCAGAGGAGAGGAGGCAGCUGGCUAAGGUCAUGCUGGAGUCUCAGGAAUUUGACCACUUUCUGGCCACCAAGUUUUCUACCGUGAAACGUUAUGGAGGAGAAGGAGCGGAGAGCAUGAUGGGAUUCUUCCAGGAGCUUUUCCACCAGUUGUCCCACAGCGGAGUCACCGACGUCAUCAUCGGCAUGCCUCAUCGAGGCCGACUCAACCUCCUGACGGGCUUGAUGAAAUUCCCGCCAGAGGUGAUGUUCCGUAAGAUGCGUGGCCUCAGUGAGUUCCCAGAGACGUCGCCUGCCAUCGGCGACGUCCUCUCCCACCUCACCGCCUCUUUGGAGUUGGAUUACGGAGCUCCGAAACCCAUUCAUGUGACCAUGCUGCCCAACCCUUCUCACCUCGAGGCGAUCAACCCCGUGGCUCAGGGCAAAACCAGAGCCAGGCAGCAGCUCAGGCAGGAAGGAGACUAUUCGCCAGAAGAUGGCGCCCAGCCGGGAGACCGCGUCGUAUGCCUGCAGGUCCACGGUGAUGGUGCUUUCCCCGGCCAAGGCAUCGUUCCCGAAACUUUGACCCUUUCAAACCUCCCUCACUACAGAGUCGGGGGGAGCAUUCACCUCAUCGUGAACAACCAAGUGGGUUACACCACUCCAUCAGAGCGGGCGAGGUCCUCUAUGUACUGCAGUGACGUCGGGAAGAUGGUGAACUGUGCCGUGAUCCACGUAAACGGCGACAAUGCAGAGGAGGUGCUGCGGGCCACUCGGCUGGCUGUGGAGUACCAGCAGCUGUUCAGGAAAGACGUCAUCCUGGACCUGAUCUGCUACCGUCAGUGGGGCCACAACGAGCUGGACGAGCCCUCCUUCACCAACCCGUCCAUGUACAAGAUCAUCCGAUCCCGGAAGAGCGUCCCUGACUCCUACUCGGACCAGCUGAUCUCUGAGGGUCUGAUGACCGAAGUCGAGCGCGACGAGAUCAAGUCCAACCACUUUGGCUCGCUGAACGACAAGCUGGCCAACGUGAGCCAGUACAGCCCUCCCCCCACCAACCUGCAGGGCCGCUGGGGGGAUCUGGUGGAGCCCCAGGCCCGAGUUACCACCUGGGACACGGGCGUCCCCGUUCCCCUGCUGCAGUUCGUCGGAGGGAAGUCUGUGGACAUCCCCGAGCAAAUCCAGCUGCACAGCCACCUGAGAAAGACCCACGUACAGGCUCGGUUGCGAAAGUUGGAAGAAGGCACCAAACUGGACUGGUCCACAGCUGAGGCCUUGGCGUUCGGCUCCCUCCUCUCCCAAGGCUUCAAUAUCCGAAUCAGCGGACAGGACGUUGGAAGAGGCACGUUCAGCCAGAGGCACGCCAUGGUGGUGUGCCAAGACACCAAUGACAUGUACAUCCCCCUGAACCACAUCAGCCCUCAGCAGACGGCUUUCCUGGAGGUGUGCAACAGCCCGCUGUCGGAGGAGGCGGUGCUUGGAUUUGAAUACGGGAUGAGUAUCGCACUGCCGAAGCUCCUUCCCAUCUGGGAGGCUCAGUUUGGGGAUUUCUUUAACGGAGCGCAGAUCAUCUUUGAUACCUUCCUCACUGGAGGUGAAGCCAAGUGGCUGCUGCAGUGCGGGAUGGUGAUCCUGCUGCCGCACGGCUACGACGGGGCCGGACCUGAACACUCAUCCUGCCGCAUGGAGCGCUUCCUUCAGAUGUGUGACAGUAAAGAAGAGGGCGUGGACAGUGACUGUGUGAACAUGGCGGUGGUCAACCCCACCACGUCUGCUCAGUACUUCCACCUGCUGAGGAGGCAGAUGAUCCGGAACUUCCGCAAACCUCUCAUUGUGGUUGGACCCAAAACACUGCUCAGAUUUUCUGGGGCAGCGUCCAGUCUGGCUGACCUGGCCCCAGGAACAUCUUUCAGACCGGUGUUGGGUGAUCCUUCAGUCCCAGCAGAAAGUGUCCAGAAGGUGGUGCUGUGCUCGGGGAAGCAUUACUAUGCCCUGCUGAAACAGAGGGAGACGUCAGCAGCCAACCAGAACACGGCCCUGCUCCGCGUGGAGGAGCUGUGUCCGUUCCCAUUGGACGCUCUGCAGCAGGAGCUCAAAAAAUACCCCAACGCUAAAGAUUUUGUUUGGAGUCAGGAGGAGCCCCAGAACAUGGGCCCCUGGUCCUUUGUAGCUCCCAGGUUUGAGAAGCAGCUGGCCUGCAAGCUCCGGCUAGUGAGCCGACCUGCUCUGCCCGCCCCCGCCGUCGGCAUCGGGAUCCUCCAUCAGCAGCAGCAGGAGGCCAUCCUCACCGCGACCUUCUCCUAAGACUCCACCCGACUGGGAACCAGCACAACCAGUACACCGGCACAAGCCCACGUACUGGUAUCUGCUGUGGUCCUUCAAACCAUCGUCCACACAUGUGCACUGCAGAUACACGGGACCUCUUUUAAACAACGUUUGGUUUCAGAUACAAGUUGGUUUAUAGAAAUAACAAAUCAAAGGAAGUGCUUGAUGACCGUUAACUCUUUUAGUCAAACACUGGUUUUUAUUAUUGUGUUUAUGGUUUGAAGGAAACUGCUGAAUUAAAUUCUCGUCUGCUUGUUUCUAAAGUUGUCCCCCCCCCUCCUCCUUUUUCUUAUUCAGGCCUGUAUUCUUUGUGUUCAGUGACGAGGCACUAUAGUGUGACAGCGGCUCAUGUGGUUCGGAUGCCUUGGACCAUGUUUACAAGGUGUCUUGAGUGGACCGGUGUAUUUGUAGCACAAGUGGUACGAGAUCCUGAUCCUGAUCCUCAGUGUAAUUUGAAUGAUCCCAGUCUCUUCCACACAGUGAGGCAUACUGAUUAUUAGUGAAGCGCUGGUAUUGGAUCGGUACUCUGUAUCGGCCCGAGGUCAAAGCCCAGUUCUCCGUAUCGGGACUGAAAAAGUCUGAUCAUUGCAUCCCGAGUCUGAACCGUUGUGAUUCGCUGAUUCGGCUCCCGGUGCAGUUGGAUGAUCGUCGGCUGAAUUUCAGUAUCUCCAGAACUAACGUCCGGGUCGCCCUGUUUGUUACUGUUCUUCAGUCACUCUGCACAAGUUGUCUGUUUUUGUUCUGAACAGAAAAUAACAGAGUAGCGUGUUACAAAUGUCGUUAAACGGUGUAAGAACAGGAGUAUCUGAACUGGAUUUCUGAAGAAACUAAAAAGAGUUGUCCCCGUUUUGAGUGUUUUCCAACCUUGAGUUAAAUGUAUUUGGGCAUUUCAUGGUACGCAUUUGAGUUAAGGACUACUUUAUUAUCUAAUUAUGGUUUAAACUGAGCACUUGAAAUAAAGCAUUACAAAAUAAAUGUUUAAAGUAAAUAAACCAAAUAAUAUGUAUUUCAAAUGGAAGUAUUUUUAAAUAAAUAUAUUUUCAUGUU